GGUGCUGUGUGUACAGAGAGGGAGCUGUAGCCGCACAAUCUUUCAUUCGGCAUGUGGGAGGGGCAGAAGAAGCACUGAUACAGUGGUACCUUGCUGGUACUAAAUUACUGUAAUUUGUGGUUCAGUAGUACGCAAUCCAGAUUUGAACAGGAAAGAAGAUCUAGGUGUGAGAAUGGCAGCCGCUGAAGCACACAGAGUAAUUAUUUAUGGAGGAAAAGGAGCUUUAGGAUCGAAAUGUGUGGAGUACUUUAAGUCAAAAAGAUGGUGGGUGGCUUGUAUUGACAUGGUCGCCAAUGAACAAGCAAAUGCUAACGUGCUUGUUAAAAUGUCGGAAGCAUUCACUGAACAAGCGGAUCAGGUGACGGCUGAUGUGUCCCAGCUGCUUGGGGAGAAUAAAGUGGAUGCCAUACUAUGUGUUGCAGGUGGAUGGGCAGGUGGCAGUGCAAAAUCUAAAUCCUUGUAUAAAAACAGUGACCUAAUGUGGAAGCAGAGUGUUUGGACUUCGCUUAUUUCCAGUCACUUAGCCACUAAACAUCUGAAGGAUGGAGGCUUGCUGACGCUGGCUGGUGCAAAGGCUUCCUUAGCUGCAACACCAGGGAUGAUUGGCUAUGGCAUGGCGAAGGCAGCGGUUCAUCAUCUCUGUCGGAGUCUUGCUGGAGAGAACAGUGGAUUGCCCCCCGGAUCAGCUGCCAUUGCUAUUCUUCCCGUUACCUUGGAUACACCAAUGAACAGAAAAUCAAUGCCUGAUGCAGACUUUGGUUCCUGGACCCCGUUGGACUUUGUUGCUGAAACCUUUUACAACUGGACCACCGGAGUAAAGAGACCUGCUUCGGGAAGCUUGAUGGAGAUGGUUACCACAGGAGGAAAGACUGAGACCACUCCAGUUCCAUUUUAAGGAAGCUUUUAAAAAAUGAUAACUGUGGUUUAGCAUACAGGGCCCUAUCUACAGUACGUACUGACACUGUUCAGGUUGUCAAGGCCCCUUCUAUGCCAAAGUUGUGAAAAAACAACUUAUCUUACAGUUCAUGUGAGUCUGUAUUUUGUGUCUAAACAUUAUAGCUAGAUUUUAAUGAUUAAACAGUGGCAAUUUCAUUGUUUAGCUCAUUUAUGCUUUAUUGGUGUUUUAUUGUAUUGUGGACAAGAGUAGUAAUUCAGAUGAGAUUUAGUUGAUUUGUGUAGGGAACUAAAACGUCUCAUGUCUUGAAUGUACACUGUAGUAUACAGUGGAGUGGCCUUAUUCUGUGUUUACAGCAGUGGAUGGAGUGUGUGCUUGUAAUACAUCACAAUUGGCUAGGGUACAUCCCUACUUUAUUAGAAAUUUAAUUUUGUUGCUUUGUUUGUUGCCAUUUUUAAUUUGGUAGUGUGUAAGCAUAACUAUAAAGCUAUUGUAUGUGUAUUAAAUAAACAUUUGUCUGCAGUAAAACAA